UCAAGAAUCAUAAAAUGUAUAAAUUAGCGGUUAUGCGGUAAAUGAGCCUGACCAAAACAGGAUUUUAGAUACAGAUACCAAUAUGGACAUUCAAACAAUAUGUUAGCCAAAAUUAAUUUUUAAAAACUUAAAUCCACAAUCAAGUUUUUGUAAUACAAAUCUCUUUAAUGUGGGUAUCAAAAGAGUUGUGAAACAGUUGUACAACUGAAAAAUAAACCUCUUAAAAAUGCAACGCCGCAAGCAAUAACCAUGGAUUGUAUACAGUACACUUCACUGGAAAUUUGAAAAGUUACAACUGUGAAGAAAAACACUCACAACUACAUAACUAAAUUAGAGUAUAGUUGUGAUAAGAAAAACAAGAUAAAAACAAACUAUUUUUGAAGACUGGAUUGAUUAUGACCAUGUCUGGAUUACUAACUGGGCAAAGCAAUCAACUGCCCCAUGGCCCCAGACCCCCAAAACAUCAGCUCAACUGUAGUUUAGUAAUUUGAUUGCAAAUGUUUUAGGGAAUUUGCCCCACUUAAGUACAGAAUCAUAUAAGGUGUGUCCUUGAUGUUUUGUUUUGUAGAAGAUCCCUGUUUUUUUUUUUUAAAUAGGUGUAUAUUCCUAAAUAAUAUAGUAAGCAUAUUCCCAAAUUUGUGUUUAAUCAAAUUAACUGACACACAGAAACCCUUGUGUCAUUUAGUGUGAUUCCAGAAUAGGAGUUCCCGGCAAGAUACUUCCAUGGAGAAGGGACAUAGGCGUUAAGGGUUAAAUCUCCAACACUUCAAAAAGAACUACCUAAUUGUGAGACAUGCCAGCUUGUGGGCCUUCAUUGGGGUUUUCCUUAUUCUUCGUUAUGGGCAAAUAGUAGAUAAAUAUGCUAGCUGUAUGUUAAAAAUACAUUUUGCCCUCCCCCACAUGACAAAAAUGUGCUGUUUUUAGGAAUAAAAUAUAUUGUCAUAUAUUGUCAUGACCAAAAACAAUUAUUGCCCUCGCCUAUGUGGGAUGUGUGUGUGUGGAGGGGGGGUUCCCCAGGUUUAUGAGGCCAUGGUUAUGACACAUAUUUUGUCACUGUAAUUUUGCCUUGUGGGUAGUACUGUAAUAUUUUCAAUAAUUUAGUGUUAUUUUAAAUUUUUUUUCCUCUUAGCUAAAUCGUAAAAAAAAGCUAUGUUAGUUCUCUGUUUUUAAUUUGAAACCGUAUCGCUCAACCUCCGGCGUUGACCCCAGCCAUUCCAGAUCAUGGUCCGUGGCUCUGGAUCCAUUGAGCAGCCUGGCCCGGGCCAACACGAAGCAAAACGGAUUCGGUGGUCUGUCUCUACUGUCAGACACCUUGAAACGAUUAGUGUCGUUUUUUCCCAGAUUCCUCGAGCAUAAUUAGCAUAUAACGUUAGUCCGUUACAUUUCUCCGCGUCUGCAAACUGCGGCUCAUUGAUUGAACGUUGUUUUUUGAGGACCGACAGACAGUCGGGCGCCAGGCUGGUCGUGAAGUGAGGAGCACUGCAGCCUUGCGUCAAAGCCAGCUAAAGCUAAACCGUGGUAGGACAAGUCAGCAAGAAAGACGGGUUAACAACCACGUUACCUCUGGGUAGCUAGCCAGACAGCAGACAGGCUAUUUUUGGCACGGUUGCUGGCGUACACAUGCUCCGUUUUCGUCGCGUGAGCUAGCCCAACAUCUGUGCAAAAGCUGUCUGUGCUGUCGGUUUCGUAAGAAAUAACGUUCCAGCUCAUUUAGACCCGGCAUUUGGGACGUAGUAUUUCCACUUACUAGCUGUCUGAAACGACUUUAACCACACACGUUUUGAAAUAUAGGUAAAAUAUAGGGGGUUUCGGUUAUUUGCGCAACAUCUUGUUGAAUUGCAGAGGGGCCUCAUAGCACAACAUAUGAGGCCCAGUUGAAAAGAUGGACCUGAAUUUUUAUUCGGAUUUAACGGACGGUACUGGACAGCACGACGGUGAUCCAGAGUUCUUGGAUCCGCAGUCUUUCAAUGGAUUUGACAAUAAGUUCCCUGGAGGCAGUGACAACUACCUGACAAUUGCUGGAUCUGGCCAUCCCUUCCUCUCCUCAUCAGAGUGUGCCACUAAACCCAUUGACCUCUUCAACCUCGCUGGAUCUGCUGGUGGAACGUUCCACACUCCCAGCCUCGGCGAUGAGGAGUUCGAGAUACCUCCCAUCUCCUUGGAUCCAGACUCGGCCCUCACCGUGUCGGAUGUGGUGUCCCAUUUCGGGGAGCUGUCGGACACUGGUCCCUCCGACAGCGUGGUGGUACCCGGGAACGCUGUGGUCGAAGGGGAUGACCCCUCAUUUGCCUCCACCUUCGUCAACGCCCCCUCACAGGGACUGGAGCACCUCAGUCUGGGGGUCAUCAACCAGUCGGGAGGAAGUGCUUUGUUGGGGUCUUCGCUGGGAAUGGAUCUCGGUCAUCCCAUCGGCUCUCAGUUCAGCAGCUCGUCUCCGGUGACCAUCGAUGUCCCGCUGGGGGACAUGAGCCAGGGCCUGCUGGGAUCCAACCAGCUGACCACUAUCGACCAGUCCGAGCUCAGCGCUCAACUGGGGCUCGGCUUGGGAGGCGGGAACAUGUUGCAACACCCCCAGUCGCCUGAUAACCCUCUGUCGGCCACGGCGUCGCCCACCAGCUCGCUCCAGGAUGACGACAUGGAUGACUUUAGAAGAAGCGUCCUGGUGGAAUCUCCGGUCUCUCUGGCUGUCUCUCCCGGAGUCAUCUCCCUCGAUCCCUCCCUGUCCGACUCCCCGCUCUCUGCCCCCACCUCCAGCAUCUCUCCAGCUGCCGGGCGGAAAGGAGGAGCAGGAGGGAAGAAGGGGAAGAAAAAGAAAGACCCCAACGAACCUCAGAAACCUGUGUCGGCCUACGCUUUGUUCUUCAGGGACACACAGGCAGCCAUUAAGGGACAAAACCCCAAUGCUACGUUUGGAGAAGUGUCUAAGAUAGUGGCCUCCAUGUGGGACAGCCUGGGGGAGGAGCAGAAACAGAUUUACAAGAGGAAAAACGAAGCGUCAAAGAAGGAUUACUUGAAGGCGCUGGCGGAGUACAGAGCCGGCCAGAUUAUUGAACAUAUGUCCACAGCCUCUAUUGAAGUCAUGGACACCUCCCCAUCGCCCCCAUCGCCCCCACCUCCAGCCCCGGCUCACGCUGCCAUCGGCUCCAGCCUAGCCGCUCGCGCCACCAGGUCACAGCAUUACAACCCCGAGGAGAACACCAUCACUAACAUCUGUACCUCCAACAUCAUCAUGGACCUGCCUCAGGUCACCACGCGCUCCCGCACCGGCGCCAUCAAACCCCAACCUGCGCCCGCUCCCAGCCCGCCGAACCCCCCGACCGUCACCAAGAUCAUCAUCAAGCAGACGCAGCUGCCCUCCGGCGGCGUAUCGGUCACUGCGACGCCCGCCUCCUCGCCGCGCCAGCCGCCGCCGCUGCAGCAGAUGCAGAGCUCCGCUUUUCUGCCCCGGCUGCAGCAGAUGGUGCACGCCCAGGCCCCUCCCCCUCUGCAGGCCAAACCGCGAGCUGCCGUAGCAGCUGCCACAGCUCCGCCUCCGCUGCAGAUCAAGGUCAUCCCAUCGCCGCGGCCGUCGGAUUCAAGCGUGCCGAUCAUCGUGACGUCAGCCGGUGAAACGGCCACGUCGGAGAGCUCCUCUGGUCUGACGGUGGAGAUGGGCCAGUCGGCCGACGUGGUGACGGCAGGAGAGGAAGUGGCGGAGGCAGAGGAAGGGAUGGAGGUGGAGGUGAGCGUCGCCCCUGUCCCGAGUGUGACUCCCGCCGCCAGCCGUAACAUUUGCGUGCGCGCCGGCUGCACCAAGCCCGCUGUGGAGAGCAAAGACUGGGACAAGGAGUACUGUAGCAAUGAGUGUGUCGCCACACACUGCAGAGAUGUGUUCAUGGCCUGGUGUGCCAUCCGAGGGCAGAACUCCACCACCGUCACAUAGGGAAAGGACACAUCUGACAGAGAAGUAGCGCUACACCGAGAGAAAAGGACAAAGACUAACACAUGAAAUGCAAACGAACGUAUGAAUGAACGAAUGAAUGACCAGGCUCAGGUAUCGGCAGACUAAUGGUUUGUUUUGUCAUCUUGACGAGUACAAAGACGAGAGAGUCGCAGGUUUGAAGAUUAAAAAAAAAAAAUCACUACAAUGUACUUUUCUAUGAUCGACACGUUCACUCUGCACAAGUGGCUCUCUAGCAGUGAAAUAACUGAAUUAUUUGGAAAUCCUGCAGUGGGAAUGACUGCUCACAAUGAGGACAAAUGGAUGAACACUCAAGAAAAUGCAGAAGAAGAAACUUUCAAGGAUCAUCUAUUGUGAAUCUGAAAUAUAGACUUGAUAAAAAAGAAAAAGAACAUUUUAUAUUGAAUUAUGGUGUUUUUAAUUGUUUUGAAAAGAAAAAAAGUGCAGGAUGGAAAUCAGGAAUCUUGAGUUCAUUUUUAUUAAUUUAAAUGAUUCCAAAUCAUUUUUGUACGCUCUUCCCUUUACUGUUACAUUGAGGAUGGAUUGAUUUGAAUGAAAUCUUAAGAAGUGAUUUUUGUUUAAUUGUUCUUUGGUAAUGUGCGGGUGCUUUGGUGUGGAGGGGGUCAGUGGCUACUUUAGAGAUUUAACGUACAAACAAUCAACAACUGGGCAAAGCACAAACAAUCUUAAAGGUAGUUUGGAGUUGUACAAGAGGCCAAAAUGUUUUUAAGAAGCCAUUUUAAGACAACUUGGUAAUGAAUCUGCCACCAGCCACAUGCAGUUUGUCACCUUUAUAAGCCACCUUCGGGGGAGAAAUGCUCUACCAUCAUGCAAAGGUUUUUACUCAAACUUUCAAAACAGGUGCUAAAAUUCAGGAAAAAAAACGAACUCUAGCGUUCUCUUUUCAACUCUCCUGCUAUAAUACCCCACAACGUAAGAACUUUUUAAAUACGUGGUGCAAAUUUAGUUUUCAUGAAGAACAUUUGUGGGAAAAUUUGGUGAAAAGAAUGUAAUGAAAUAAACACACCAGCCCUGACAGCACUACUGUAAGGGAAAAGGGAAUACACUAUAUAAAGUUUUACAUUUUGCGUAACUGUAUUUAAUUUAAGAAAAUUGCUUUCAGGUCUGUUUCAUGAUCAAGGAAGGGAGUGUUUGUUUGUUUAUUUCCAAAAGAAAAGUUCACAGUCAAAUGAAAUGAUGCAGUGAUCUGGCCUGGUUUAUUGUAGAUAUUCUGGAAAUGUUUUUAAUGGUGAAAUAAAAAUAUUUUAUGUUUUAUUAUA